AUGUUGCCACUCUCCUGGGUGUUGACGGUCUCGAUGGCCCUGACCGCGGUCUUUGGCCAGCCAGUGCCUCCCAAAAACCCACAUAGCGUGCAAUUCGUGCACGAACAAAACAAAAAGAGAUUCUACGACUACCAAGGCGCGGUCUUGAGAGGUGUUAACAUCGGUGGCUGGCUCGUGAUUGAGCCCUUCAUCACUCCCUCGCUUUUUGAGUCCUUCCGCACGCAGGACAACAGCGAUGUCGGCAUUCCAGCCGACGAGUACCACUUCUGCCAAACUUUGGGCCAAGAAAUUGCCUCCUCUCGUCUGGAGCAGCACUGGAGCUCGUGGUUCACCGAGCAAGAUUUCACCAACAUUGCUGCCGCAGGCCUCAACUUUGUGAGAAUUCCAAUCGGUUACUGGGCUUUCCAGACCUUGGAUUCCGAUCCUUACGUCAAGGGCAACCAAGAACAGUACUUGGACCAGGCCAUUCAAUGGGCUGCUAACAACAACUUGAAGGUCUGGGUUGACUUGCACGGAGCCGCUGGAUCUCAAAAUGGGUUCGACAACUCUGGUUUGAGAGACUCGUACGCGUUUUUGGAAGACAGCAACUUGAAUGUGACCAAAGAUGUCCUCAAGUAUAUGUUGGACAAAUACUCUCAGGACCAAUACCUCGACACUGUCGUCGGUAUUGAGUUGAUCAACGAACCCCUGGGGCCUGUCUUGGACAUGAACAAGCUUAAGGAAUUCUAUCAAUUUGGUUACGACUACUUGAGAAAUCAACUUGGAAGAAACCAGAUCGUUGUCAUCCACGACGCUUUCCAAGCCUUUAACUACUGGGAUUCCUCUCUCACAUAUUCUGAAAACGACUGGGGUGUGGUCUUGGAUCACCACCACUAUCAAGUGUUUUCAAAUGCCGAAUUGCAACGCCCGAUUGACCAAAAAAUUGCGGUCGCUUGCGAGUGGGGAUCUGGUACUUUGAGCGAAGCUCACUGGACUGUCUGUGGUGAAUGGUCUGCAGCUUUGACCGACUGUACCAAAUGGCUCAAUGGUGUGGGAUACGGCGCUCGCUACGAUGGAUCUUUCCAAAAAGGCGAUGACACUUCCAGCUACAUUGGAUCCUGUCAAAACAACGAAGACAUCAGCUCUUGGUCCGAUGAUAGAAAGACAAACACCCGUAAGUUUGUGGAAGCCCAAUUGGAUGCUUUCGAACUUCGUAACGGGUGGGUGAUCUGGACCUACAAGACUGAGAACUCUUUGGAAUGGGAUUUGCAGCGUUUGAUGUACAACGGUCUCUUCCCACAGCCUGUCACCGACAGACAGUUCCCCAACCAGUGUGGGUUCAGCUCUUGA